ACCACCCUCUGUCAGCUUCCUCUCGCUUGCUAAGAACAAGCUCACUGGAGAGAUUCCAGAAUCAUUAUGCAGGACAAGAAAUCUAACAAUCUUGGAUCUAUGCUACAAUUCUAUGACAGGUCAAAUUCCAAAGUGUCUCGAGGCUCUUGCUGCUACUCUCACCGUACUAAAUCUACGGGAGAAUAAAUUCUUUGGGUUCAUGCUCUGGAAUUUCACCGAAGACUGCAGCCUAAAGACACUCAACUUAUACGGGAAUCAGUUGACUGGGAAAAUUCCCAGGUCUCUGAGGCAUUGCAGAUGCCUUGAAGUUAUAGACCUUGGAGAUAACCAGAUUAAUGACACAUUUCCUUUCUGGUUAGGGAUGCUUCCCAACUUGCAAGUUCUCAUCCUACAAUCAAAUAGAUUGCACGGUCCCAUUGGCCAGCCAUUGACAUCAAAUGACUUCCCAAUGCUUCAAAUCUUUGAUAUCUCCUCGAAUCAUAUCACUGGAAAUCUGCCUCUGGAUUACUUUGCAAUAUGGAAGUCAAUGAGGGUAAAGUUCAAUGGGUCACUAUUGUACAUGGGAUCUUACUAUUAUAGGGAUUGGAUGUCAAUUACAAGCAAGGGCCAUAGAAUGGAUAAUAUCAACAUCUUAACAAUUUUCACUAUCCUAGACCUCUCAAACAAUCUUUUCGAAGGAGAGAUUCCUGAAGAGAUUGGCGACCUCAAAUUACUAGAUGUACUCAACAUGUCUAGAAAUAACCUGAUAGGUGAGAUCCCAACAUCUCUUUCGAAGUUGACAUUGCUUGAGUCCUUAGACCUCUCAAAAAACAAGCUCACAGGCGCGAUCCCGAUGCAACUAAUAAGCUUGACAUUCCUAUCGGUUCUUAACCUUUCUUAUAAUAGAUUAGAGGGGAAGAUACCUGUAGGGAAUCAAUUUUCUACCUUCACUAGUGAUUCCUAUCAGGAAAACUUCGGGUUGUGUGGGUUUCCAUUGUCCAAUAAAUGUGAUGACGUUGAAGAUCAACAGCCACCAGGAGCACAAGAAGAAAGCAUCCUUUCGGAGUCAGGUAGUCUGUUCAGUUGGAAAUCUGCUUUGCUUGGAUACGGAUGUGCGGUGCCUGUGGGAGUUGCCAUUGGUCACAUGUUGUUUUGGAGGAACAAGAGAUGCAGUAAAUUGAUUGAACAAUCAUUUAAGGCAAAGAAUCAUCAGCGCCAGAGCAAUGAACGGAAUCGAAAAAGAAGAUGAACGCUGUACAAAGGAAAAUGUAUAAUUCCAAAUGUUCUCACUGUGUU